UCUCAAUAUAUAUGUCUUAAUGACAUUUUUUUUUCCUCUAAAAAAGUAUAAUUUGAAAAAAGAAGAGGAAAUUAUUUUUUGAAAAAAUGUGUUUAUGUUUGGGUCCAGUAAAGUCUGGUAAAACAAUGUUAAUGAAAAAAUUACAAGGCGAUUUAGUUGAUGAUGCAACGCAAACAAUUGCCACUAACGGAGUGAAUUUAUUUUUAAUUAAAAAAGAAGCUGGACAACAAUCUGGAAGAAUUAUUAGAGAAAUUGGCGGUCAUAUGGCUCCAUUGUGGAAAUAUUACUUGGAAGGGGUACAAAAAAUUAUUUACGUAAUGGAUGCAAGUAAUCUUUGUCAAAUUAGUGCAGUUGGAAUUUUAUUCUAUUCAUUGUUGGUAAAUCCAAAAUUAGCGAACGCAUCAUUUGCUUUAGUUUUAUCAAAAAUGGAUCUUUCCUAUCGUCAAAUGAGAAAUGAAGCUCUUCUUGUUCUUCAUAUGACGCGUUUACAACGUGAAACACGACAAAAUAUCACCAUUAUUGAGACAAGCAGUGUCACUGGUCAGGGAAUAGAAGAAUUACGAAUGUGGAUUUUUCAAAAAACUAAAACUCUUUCGAAAAUAAAUUCUGAACAAAAAAUUUAGUCGAUUAUUUUCAAAUUUUUCUUUUCGCUUCUUUAAAGCAACGUUAUUAUUUUUUAAAAUUUAAUUUAUUAUUAAAUAAGAAUUAAAUGUAAGUAAUUGAAAUAAAUAAAAUUUUAUUUUA